AUGGCGGCCCCUCAAGAGGAAGGAGGGCCCGAUGAAACCUCCAUCAAACCCGUCUCCUCCCUCCGCUCCCGCUUCGAGAACAUGGGCAAGGCUGGUGACCAGCCCCAACCGCAACAGACACAGCCGGCCCAACCCUCGAGCCGGAAUGCCUCCCCAGGGCCACGCCCCGACAAGCCCCGAGACACGAAUGCGAUCAAUAAGGAGCCGCCUCCCAUACCUAAGAACAAGCCUGGUUUGGCUCUCCCUGUCGCCAAAGAAAACGGCCUUCCGUGCUCUCCCGCGCGCAAUGCCUUCCCUCCGCCUCCGCUCACCCCCCGCCCUGUCCCAGCUCCCGCCCUCAUGGUGGAACCGCCACAGUCCCCUCCCAAGGGCCGACAUCUGAACAUAGCCGUGAACGACCAGCCCAAUUUCCUCAACUCGGACGAUGUCGUGAAACCGGCUACCUCGCCGGCGGUGCCGGGCAAGAACUUCAAGAUCCCAAGCCGCUCGCGCACGCCCAACUUGGAUCCUCGGAGAUCGCCAAAAGUAGUCGCCUUCAAACCGCCUUCACCGCCUCCUCCUCGACGGUCCGCCGAACUUCGACGACAGCGCGAGGCCGACCCUGUGCCCCCGCCUAUCAACCGCUCUGGGAAGCUGCUCAUUAGGUCUAGGAAUUCUUGGACGGCAGACAGUGCCAUAGAGCCGAGGAGGAGUAUGCCUGACAAAGUAUCGCCCUUCAGCAGUCCUCCAACGAGUGGCUCAGCCAGCGCCGAAGGCUCGCCACCAUCACUGCCACAACGGCCGCGCCCGCCAAGGGAGCCCGUUGCCACGGCCAAGACCAUCCAGGUUGGAUUCGAUCCGCCGCCGUUGCAUCCGUCGAUAGCAAGCAAGAGGAGGGAUCGAGAGCAGGAGAUGGUGGAUGGAUCCGCAAGGGGCCAGCUCACUCCAGAUGUUACGGGGGAAGCGCGGCCGACACUGCCUAAUAGACCGCUCAGUGUAACAAUGGAGAAGCCAGGGCUUCUACCUGAGAAAAUACCACCUCCUAGACCUCCGCGGCCAGGAGUCACGGCUUCGAGUCAAGCGUUGGUCCCGGCGGCAAACCAAAAGCGCACUGUAUCGACGCCUGUGGCGCAGCACCAGCCUCCGUCGAUGCACGGCAGGGCAAAUACGGUAUCUCACAGGGGCGCCGACCGGGCGCCUCCUGAGCCCAGGCGACCAGCAGCACCCACUGCUCCUCCCGCCGAGCCGCGCACUGCUGAUUCGCAGGCUCUCGUUCUCGCCAAACCCGCCGACACGGCUGCAGCCGUCAAUGGGACGUACCCAGACGCUUCAAACACCAACAGGAGACCUCCUUACAUGAAGCACGGACAGCCAGAAAUCGUAACCAAGUCAGAUGCGAGGAAUUUCGAUGCCUGUGGGGACCUCGUAUGCACCUCGGGGCAUCUUACUAGGGUGUGGAGCCUGAGGGACGGGGAACUUGUAAUGAGCUUCGCGCACGGCGAGGGACUGAAGGCCACAGCUGUGAGCUUCAAGCCAGGCUUAAACGUCGACGAGGAGGGUAAACGGCUGUGGAUCGGGAACAACAAUGGGGACCUGAUGGAGGCGGACAUCCAAACACAAAGCCUUGUUGCCACAAAGACGGGUGCACACCAGAGGAAUGAGGUUGCCAAAAUAUAUCGGCACUUCAAUGAGUUGUGGACCUUGGACGAGGCCGGGACUCUUCACAUUUGGGGCCCAUCGGCCGACGGAACGCCAGACUUGACGGGCCACCCGCACCAGUCGUACCGAGUACCCAAGGGCCACACGUUCUCAAUGAUCGUUGGCGAUGAGCUUUGGCAUGCCACGGGCAGGGAGAUACGCGUUUUCCUACCGACGAUCGACGGCAAGGCCCAGUUCCAGGUGCUUCUUCGCUCAUUGUUUCAAGACGCCGCUGGCGAUGUCACUGCUGGUGCCCUGCUCCCCUCCGACCCCAACAAGGUCUUCUUCGGUCACAGCGACGGAAAGGUCACCGUGUACUCAAAGAAAGACUACACAUGCUUGGAGGUCCUCAACGUUAGCGCGUUCAAGAUCAACUCGCUAUCGGGGAGCUGUGGCAGCAUAUGGGCAGGCUACAGCAACGGGAAGAUGGCUGUCUAUGAUGUGCAUCAAAACCCGUGGGCUGUCAAGAAAGAGUGGCAAGCUCAUAACGAACCGGUGCUCAAGAUCAUCGCCGACCGGUCGAGCUCGUACAGACAAGAGCGGCACCAGGUCCUCUCGUUGGGUGCGGACAACAUGAUCAGGGUGUGGGACGGCAUGCUGCAAGAUGACUGGCUUGAAGCGGAAAUGAAGGCCAAAGACGUCCAAUACUGCGAGUUCCAAACGCUCAAGGCCAUGAUCAUGACGUGGAACGCCGGUGCUUCUACGCCCAAUAGCCUACGGUACUCCGAGACGGAUUCUGUCUUCAUACAGAACUUGCUACAGGGCAGCGGCUCUCCCGAUAUCCUGAUAUUUGGCUUCCAGGAACUCGUUGACCUGGAGGACAAGACCGCUACCGCCAAGCGAUUUUUCAAAUCCAAAAAGAAGGAAUCGGACCAGGAGCGCAUGAGCCAUCAAUACCGGGACUGGAGAGAUUUCCUCAUCAGAAGCCUUGAUGAUUAUAUGGCCGGAGAUUUGUACCAUCUCUUACAAACUUCCCAUAUGGUCGGUCUCUUUUACUGCAUAUUCGUCAAGGCCGACGUCAGGGAUCGCAUCUCGAAUCUCAGCACAGCCGAGGUCAAGCGGGGCAUGGGCGGUCUACACGGCAACAAAGGUGCCAUCAUAGUCCGCUUCAUGGUCGACGACACUUCACUGUGCUUCUUCAACUGCCAUCUGGCAGCAGGACAGUCGCAGGCUCAAAGCCGGAACAACGACAUUGCUGCGAUUCUAGAGGCGCCCAUCCUACCCCCGGAACGCGACCCAAGUGUUCGCAUCGAUAGCUAUGCCGGGGGUGGUGAUGGCACCAUGAUCAUGGACCACGAGCUUGUCAUACUCAACGGCGAUCUCAAUUACCGGAUUGACACCAUGAGCCGCGACACCGUGGUCAUGGCCGUAAAGCAAGGCAACCUUCCCAAGCUCCUCGAGCGGGAUCAGCUGCUGGUGGCGCGCCGACGGAAACCGGACUUCAAGCUCCGCGCCUUCGAGGAGAUGCCCAUAACGUUCGCCCCAACAUACAAGUACGACGUGGGCACGGACAACUACGACUCGAGCGAGAAGAAGCGCAGUCCGGCGUGGUGCGAUCGUCUGCUGUACCGUGGCAAAGGCAGGAUACAGCAAGUCGAAUACAAGAGGCAUGAGGUCAGGGUGUCGGAUCACAGGCCUGUCACGGGCAAGUUCAAACUCACAGUCAAGAAGGUAUCGCCCAAGAAGAGGACGAUGGCUUGGAUACAGUGCCAGCAGAGCUUCGAAGAGGCGUUCGCCCAGGAGCUCAUGGUUGAAAAGCUGUACUAUCUAACCCAGGUCAUCGGGUACGACACGGCAACAAGUAAAAGUCUAAUCAGUGAUCGCUGA